AUGAAGGUCUUCUCCUUGGCCCUGAUCACUCUGCUGCUGGCUGCAAUCUGGACUGAAAGCCAGGGUGUCUCCUUCCGCAGCCCCUACGGCAAAUGCUGCUACAAGGAUAUGUUCUUCAAGGAUAAAAUCCCUUCCUCUCUCAUCAAGAGCUACCAGAAUACACCUCCCCACUGUUCCCGCAGAGCUGUGCGUGUGGAGCUGCUCCAGGGAAAGAAGGGCUGCGUGGACCCAAAGGAGCCUUGGUUCCAGAAGUAUCUGCAGAAGAAAAAGUCAAACAGCGCCUCCACGUGA